AGUCCGUCUUCCGCGUGGCUAGCCGACAUAGCGGUCAUUUAAAGAUGGCGGACUGCUUGGCGGCACGUUUGGCAGCUCAGGAGGAGCAAAUUUCUCUCCUCGCCGGGGAAAUCUCCGCUCUCCGGGACGGACUCAGCCGGAAUUCGGGCCCCGCGGGAGACGCGGUGGUCUCCCCGCAGCUGGAGAGCCUGGUGUCGGAGAACGAGAAGCUCAAGUACCGGCUACUGCACCUCCGCCGCGGUCUGCAGGCGGAGCUGGAGCUGGAGAAAGGUGGCAGAGCCGCGGGGGCGACUGGCACCAAAGGAGGGCAGACGAACAACAAAGCUGCUGAAAAGGGGAGCAGUCCGGCUGUUAAAUCAGGUGACCAGCGCAAGGAGAAGAAGCAGAAUAAAGAACAAUCAAAUGGAUCAUCUGGAAAAGAGUUAAAAGCCUGGCCUGCUUAUGUUAGCGAACGCCUCCGCCUCUACGAGGAACUCAAGAAGGAGAGCGACGCUAUCUUGGCCAAAAGAGGUACGGAUGGUAAGCCCAUCACCGUGGAGCUUCCCGAUGGACGCAAAAUGACCGGCACAUCAUGGGUCACCACUCCGUACCAGCUUGCUUGUGACAUCAGUCAGGGCCUGGCUGACAAUGCUGUGAUAUCUCGCGUGAACGGAGUGCUGUGGGACUUGGACAGACCUCUGGAGUGCGACUGCUCUUUGGAGAUCUUACGCUUUGACAAUGAAGAUGCUCAAGCAGUCUACUGGCACUCCAGCGCUCACAUCCUUGGGGAGGCCAUGGAGCGCUUCUAUGGAGGUUGUUUAUGCUACGGACCCCCCAUAGAGAACGGGUUCUACUACGACAUGUUCCUGGAUGGGCAAAAAAGCGUGUCCAGCAUGGAGUUUGGGGACCUGGAGUCUUUAUGCAAGAGUGUGGUGAAGGAGAAACAGCCCUUUGAGAGGCUGGAGGUUACCAAGGAGACGCUGCUGAAGAUGUUCAAGUACAACAAAUUCAAGUGUCGCAUCUUGAAUGAAAAGGUCACCACCCCCACAACUACAGUCUACAGGUGCGGACCCCUGAUUGACCUCUGCAGAGGCCCCCAUGUGAGGCAUACAGGCAAGAUCAAGGCCAUGAAGAUUUAUAAGAACUCCGCCACCUACUGGGAGGGUCGCUCGGACAUGGAGACGCUGCAGAGGAUCUACGGGAUCUCCUUCCCGGACUCCAAAAUGCUGAAAGAGUGGGAACGUUUCCAGGAGGAGGCCAAGAAUAGAGACCAUCGCAAGAUUGGCAAAGACCAGGAGCUGUUCUUCUUCCAUGAGCUCAGUCCCGGGAGCUGCUUCUUCCUGCCAUGUGGAGCCUACAUCUACAACACGCUCACAGAGUUCAUCAGGGAGGAGUACUGGAGAAGAGGCUUCCAGGAAGUGGCCUCCCCCAACAUCUACAACAGCAAGCUGUGGGAGACGUCAGGCCACUGGCAGCACUACAGUGAGAACAUGUUCUCCUUCCCCGUAGAGGACGACACCUUUGCACUCAAACCCAUGAACUGUCCCGGCCACUGUCUGAUGUUCGGACACAGGCCUCGCUCGUGGAGAGAGCUCCCCCUGAGGUUUGCUGAUUUCGGGGUCCUCCACCGCAACGAGCUGUCUGGAACCCUCACCGGGCUCACCAGAGUACGACGUUUCCAGCAGGAUGAUGCUCACAUUUUCUGCACUAUGGAACAGAUCGAGUCCGAGAUGAAGGGCUGCCUGGACUUCCUGCGCUGCGUCUACGAUGUGUUCGGCUUCUCCUUCCAGCUCUAUCUCUCCACCCGUCCGGAAAAGUACCUCGGUGACAUCACUGUGUGGAACCAGGCCGAGAAGCAACUGGAGAACAGCCUCAAUGACUUUGGGGAGCCUUGGAAGCUCAACCCAGGAGAUGGAGCUUUCUACGGGCCCAAGAUUGACAUUAAGAUCAAAGACGCCAUCGGACGUUACCACCAGUGUGCAACCAUUCAACUGGACUUCCAGCUUCCCAUCCGCUUCGACCUGACCUUUGUGGGGAAGGACGGUGACGACAAAUUGCGUCCGGUUAUCAUCCAUCGUGCCAUUUUGGGCUCCGUGGAGAGGAUGAUUGCCAUUCUGACGGAGAACUACGCUGGAAAAUGGCCUUUGUGGCUCUCUCCACGCCAGGUGAUGGUUGUGCCCGUCGGCCCAUCCUGUGACGACUACGCCAAGCAGGUUUGUAAGCAGUUUACAGAAUCGGGCAUGAUGGCCGACGCUGACCUGGACUCUGGGUGCCUUUUAAAUAAGAAGAUUCGCAACGCUCAGCUGGCCCAAUAUAACUUCAUUCUCGUGGUCGGCGAGAAGGAGAAGAUGACCGGCAGCGUCAACGUGCGCACGAGAGACAACAAAGUGCACGGGGAACUGUCGCUGGCUGAGGCGUUGGCCGGCCUGAGCCACCUCAAGAAGACUCGCUGUCGAAAUGCAGAGGAGGAGUUCUGAAUAGCAGUCUCGUUACCAGUGUAUACCGGCUUUGUCGGGUGUCUCGCAUCAAGGUGGUACAGGAAAAUAAGAAAUGGAUGUGUGUCAUUUUUAGAAUGAAACACUUUUUUUGUUUGUGGGUUACUGUGAUGGAGCACAAUGGGACUUGGUGGUUUGGUGUCAUUAUGAAGACUGAAGACAUAAUUGGUGUGCAUUUUCUUGGAACAGAAAUAAAUCACAUGCUGAAGUACAAUUUGUCU